AUGGAAGGUACGGUCGAGUACCGCUCUGCGAAGAAAUCAAGAUCAGCAAGGCCCUCGUCUUUCAGACAGAUAUCGGAGGAGGAGGAUAGUCGUAGGGAGGACGAAUUACAGUCAACAGAGGUCACAACUGCUCCACGCUCAGGACCCGAUGAGUAUGUGUCAGUGACCACACUGUGUGAUGGCAUUGGCUCGUGUGAGCUUUCAGACAUUCGGUUGAGCGAAAAUCGAGAAUCUAAAGGUGUUGACAUAAACGCUGCAUUUCAACGCACUGCACAUCGAGUCUUCUGCAAUAAUGAAGAGUUGUUUGUAAGAGACAAGGACGGCGAUACGCAUUUGCACCUUGCAAUUAAUUUGGAACACCUUGUGUUGGUUAGAACAAUUAUAAGAAUGGCACCAGCGUAUAAGUUUCUGUCCAUACCAAACAAACUCUUCCAAACGCCUCUCCAUUUGGCGGUCAUUGUGCGCCAGAAGAGCAUCGUGCGGCAGCUUGUGUGCGCAGGCGCUGACGUCACGGCAGUCGAUAGGAACGGAAAUACACCGCUUCAUAUAGCUUGCCGCGAUGGAUUGUACGAAAUAGCUCGUUGUUUGUUAGAACCGGUACGAAACCGUGAAAUCCAAUGCAAUCCUUACGAUAUACCGUAUCAGAAAAUACCACAGGAUUUCGAUAUCGCGAACUAUGACGGUUUGACCUGUCUUCAUCUUGCGGUUAUUAAUAGGCACAUGGACAUAUUACAACUCCUCGUCGAACGUGACGUAGACUUGAACAUGAUCGAGCGCAAAGCAGGUAGAACUAUUCUCCAAAUUGCAUGCAUAAGCUGUGACGUCAAACUGGUGCGGACGUUAAUGAGUGUUCGGGCAUGCAAUAUGGACGCACGGUCAUACAGCGGGUACACGCCCCUUGACCUAGCCCGGGAUUACAACCAGGACGGGGUAUACACGAUCCUGGCGGCUGCAGGCGCAAAGCACAGCGCAGAAUAUGUGGAUAGUGACUCGGAUUAA